GAGAUUUCCUUCCGAGUAGGCACGUCUGGGCUGAGGCUGUGCUUGCACGUCCUUGCAGUUCCAUAUUUUUGCAGUCGAAGUUACUAUUUCGGGACGGGGGUGGUGAGGACGGAAAGGGGAAGAGCGUAGUAGCGCCUCUGCGGCCGCUGCUCUGACUACGCCUGUCUUUCUGUGAGAAGAGAGAAAAUCCUUCUCCGGGUGUGCGCCGGGAGAGGGAGGGAAGAAGGCAGGAAGCAGGCAAAGAGCGAGAGAGAACAGCCUCGAAUGCUUGGAAUAAUUCCGCUUCCGUUGAGAAUAGGGACCAGCCGCCUCUAACUGACUCGGGCUAGGGUUUUGUAACGUGGUCUGCUCUCCGAAGCUCGGGCGCUUUGCGGGACUAUCAGCAUGGCAACCUCUCCUCAGAAAUCGCCUUCUGUCCCUAAGUCUCCAACCCCCAAGUCGCCCCCUUCCCGAAAGAAAGAUGACUCCUUCUUGGGCAAACUUGGAGGCACCUUGGCAAGGAGGAAAAAAGCGAAAGAAGUGUCUGAGUUACAAGAAGAAGGAAUAAAUGCCAUUAACUUACCACUCAGCCCAAUUCCUUUUGAAUUAGAUCCUGAAGAUACUAUGCUAGAGGAAAAUGAAGUCCGAACAAUGAUUGAUCCCAAUUCAAGAAAUGAUCCAAAACUUCAGGAGCUGAUGAAGGUAUUAAUUGACUGGAUUAAUGAUGUGUUGGUAGGAGAGCGCAUCAUUGUGAAAGACUUGGCUGAGGACCUGUAUGAUGGCCAAGUAUUGCAAAAACUCUUUGAGAAGCUUGAGAGUGAGAAACUCAAUGUUGCUGAAGUCACACAGUCAGAAAUAGCUCAGAAACAGAAGCUGCAGACAGUACUUGAAAAGAUCAAUGAAACCCUUAAACUUCCUCCAAGGAGCAUCAAGUGGAAUGUUGACUCUGUCCAUGCUAAGAGUCUAGUUGCAAUACUGCAUCUUUUGGUUGCAUUGUCACAAUAUUUCCGUGCUCCAAUCAGACUGCCGGAUCAUGUUUCCAUUCAAGUUGUUGUGGUCCAGAAACGUGAUGGCAUCCUUCAGUCCCGACAAAUACAAGAGGAAAUUACUGGUAACACUGAGGCAUUGUCAGGACGCCAUGAACGGGAUGCUUUUGACACCCUAUUUGAUCAUGCUCCAGACAAACUCAAUGUAGUGAAAAAGACCCUCAUAACGUUUGUGAAUAAACACUUGAACAAGCUGAAUUUGGAAGUUACAGAGCUGGAAACCCAGUUUGCAGAUGGAGUGUACCUGGUGCUCCUGAUGGGUCUUCUUGAAGGUUAUUUUGUGCCUCUACACAGCUUUUUCUUGACUCCUGAUAGUUUCGAACAAAAGGUCCUUAAUGGGUCCUUUGCAUUUGAGUUAAUGCAAGAUGGAGGGCUGGAAAAACCAAAACCAAGGCCAGAAGACAUUGUAAAUUGUGAUUUGAAGUCAACCUUGAGAGUGCUAUACAAUCUGUUCACUAAGUACAGAAACUUAGAAUGAAGAAUUUGUUGGAGGUGCCACAGAUGGCUGUAAAUGAAACAACGAAGCCACUCCAGUCUUUGCUGUUUUAAUUAAACACUGUGCUUUUCUCAAAGGAGACACCAUUCUUCUCAGAACGCUCUUCCUAUGUUUGUUUUACAUAUGCUAGCACUACCAAUAAAUGUUAUAAAGUAAAAAAUCAAUGCACACAUUUUCAGCUGAGACUCCACGCUACUAUACAAUUCUUUUAUUUAAACUCUCUCAAUUUCAUAAAGAACAGGCAUAAAGUCUGAUCCAGAACUGGGUUGAGAGAAACAAAUGAAAACAACAGCAUAUUACCUUUUUUACUGUACAGAGGCAAUGACCCAGAAGUUUAUGCACCAUAGGCUCUUGUACUGCUAAAUGGAGAACUGUCCUUGUUUGGGACCAGCCCUAGUGAAAGAGCCCGUGCAUCUUCUGCCUUUGGCGCCUUUGUGCCAAUGCUCUACCCAUUUUUCAUUGUACCAUGCAAAUCACUUAAUCAGUCCAGGAAGUGGACCAUUCUUUAACGUGGCCUUUUCAUUGUUGCUGGCGCUCCACCACAACUCUGUACUGCUUUCCUCAAUAAUAAACAAACUUUGGGCACUGCCUUAUUACCAGCAA